AUGGAGUCUUCUGCCGACCGGCUGGCCAGGGCCGCCGCCCGCGGCCGCAGCGACGAGGUGCUGGCGCUGCUGCAGGCGGGGGCACCGCCCAAUGCUCCCAACCGUUACGGUCGGAGCCCGAUCCAGGUCAUGAUGAUGGGCAACGCCGGGGUAGCCAAGCUGCUGCUGCUCCACGGCGCGGACCCCAACUGCGCGGAUCCAGACACUCUCACCCGACCGGUGCACGACGCGGCCCGGGAGGGUUACCUGGAGACGCUGGUGGUGCUGCACCGAGGCGGGGCGCGACUGGACGUGCGAGAUGCCUGGGGUCGCCUGCCCGUGGACCUGGCUGAGGAGCGGGGCCACCGCGAAAUCACCCAGUACUUGCAUGCGGCCGAAGGGAGCACGGAAGGCGGUAGCCACUCCACUGCCGGUGCCACACAAAGCCUCGCAGGCAACCGAGCGUGAACGAAAGCAAGAAGCAUAUCUGCAUCUUGACUGCUACCCGCGUCCCUCCCAGUUCUUCCCUGCUUUAUUAGAUGCAAUUUAUCAAGUAGCGCUUUUACAGCUUCUUCGCCAGCAAAUCCUUUCCCCUUCCCCCUACAUUUCCAUUUAUACCUGAUU